AUGGCUGCACUCAGCUUCAGCCCAUCGCCGCCGCCGCCCAAAAGCAGCAGCAACAGCAGCAAAGAGAAUGCCGCCGCCAACAAUCAGCUAAAGAGCAGCGCCCGUUCAUCGGGUGCAGUUACUCCAUUGGGCGGCACAAGCAGCAGCAGCAAGGCCUUCACCAAAAUCACCGUCAACAAUGUGCUCAGCGAAAGCGGCGCCAAUGCGCUGCAGCAGCACAUCAGCAAUUCGAAUACGAUUAUACGCAAGAUCAAGGAUUUCGGCAUGCUCGGCGCCGCAGCGGCAGCGGCAACGGCCACGGCGGGCACAGCGUUGAGCCGCAAGCGGCCGCUGGCCGAGACCAGAUGCCCAAACAUUGAGAAUAAACCAUUCGGAGCUGUCAGCGCAGCUGGCAAACGCAGCAAGCUAACCAAAAAGCAGCCAAAGCAUAGUCAAAGCCAAAGUCAAGUGCAGGAGCAGCAACAGCUGCCCGCGGCCAAGUGCCUGGCGGAGCUGGUGCAGCGAGCCGGCGGCACGGGCACACCGGGACGCAAGGGUCUGCCGUUGCCGCAGGCUGUUGCCCGCCGCAAUGCCCGGGAACGCAAUCGGGUCAAGCAGGUGAACAACGGUUUUGCGGCGCUGCGCGAACGCAUACCCGACGAGAUAUCGGAGGCGUUUGAGGCGCAGGGCGCCGGCCGCGGCGCCAGCAAAAAGUUAUCCAAAGUGGAGACACUGCGCAUGGCCGUCGAAUAUAUACGCAGUCUGGAGCGUUUAUUGGGUUUCGAUUUUCCGCCUCUAUCUGCGGCAGCGGCGGCAGCAGCGGCAGCGGCAGCAGCAGCAGCGUCAACUGGCUGCAAUUCGAAUAGCGAAUCGAGCGGCGAUGAUAGCUACAUGUUUAUCAAGGAUGAAUUCGAUGGCCUAGACGAUCAGUUCGAUGAGACGCUGAGCAACUAUGAGCUCGAGGAGAGCAUGUGCAUGCAGGAGCCGUCACAGCUGGAGCAGCAGCAACAAUUGCCGGAGGAGCUGCUGCUGCUGCCGAAUGUGACAACGCUGAACGGCCUGCAGUAUGUGAGAAUAGCCGGCACGAGCACCUAUCAGCUGUUAACGCCGGAUAUGCUGCAGCGACAGGAUAGCUCACAACUGAUCAAACAGGAAUACAGCGAGGGCGAUUUUGUGCAUGUCACCAGCAACAACAACAACAGCAGCAACAGCUCCCCGCCAGCAAUCAACCGCAACAACAAUAACAACAACAACAACUAUCAGCAGCAACAAUUGCUGUGCGCCGGCUCGUUGUUGCCAGCAUUCUAUGAUCAGGAAACGGCCUCGUUCUAUGACAAUGUUGUUGUUGGCCUGCCCAGCUUCAAAAAGGAAUUCCAUGAUGUGCUGCAGGAUCAAACGACAAACAAUGCCAGCGUCUGUCUGUCCGAUGAGAGCAUGAUCGAUGCAAUUGAUUGGUGGGAGGCGCAUACGCCCAAAACGGAUGCGACUGCCGGCACUGUGGCGGGCAUUUAA